AUGCACCCUGAGACUGUUGUUGGUUCGGAUGCAGCCUCGGAUAAUAGUAACACUGUGACUCCCAUAUCCCAGCACUCAUUUUCCCCAAUCCACGACCCUUGCGACACAACGUCGUUGCUCAAGUCUGACGAUAGCAAGAAUCCUUCGGCUGGCGUUACUGCACCUUCCACCCGUCCACCCUCGUCUAAAGCACCUCCUGUUCUCACAGAGGACAUAUCACCAAGUUUAGUCUUCAACAAGUUCAUCCUUUAUGAGAAUCGUCUCCGUUUCUACAUCGUUGCUUCCAACACUUCCGAUUCUCGUCAUAAGAUAAUCAAGAUAGACCGCACGUCACAAGAUGAGCUGGAAGUAGUCGAAGAUGAGGCCGUGUAUAGUGGAAGGCAGAUGAGCGCGAUGCUGAAGAUGCUUGAAGAUGGGAACAGAGGCUGCGGUGGCUUAGGCAAGGCCAGGGUCUUUUUUGGUAUUGCUGGUUUUGUGAAAUUUACUGCGGGAUGGUACAUGAUUGUGAUAUCGAAGCGCUCCGUAGUGGCUCUUCUUGGUGGGCAUUAUAUUUAUCAUUGUGAAAAUACAGAGAUCGUGCCGGUAUGCUUCAAUCACAAGAUCGAUAAGCCAGCAGAAGAGCAAAAGCUUAUGAACAUAUUCAAGCAAGUUGACAUGUCGAAAAACUUUUACUUCAGGUUGGUGUAUUCCACUAGCUCGAUCAAAAGUGGAGGUCUCAGUAUGAGUGUACAAAGCUACACAUACGACUUAACGUCUACUCUUCAACACAACCUCACGAGGACGGGUCUUUCUCCCUCAAGACGUUGGAUGUUCAAUGAUCGUUACGCAUGGAAUUAUCAUUUAUUGACGAGUCCUUUUUGUGAUGGAAAGUCACCUUCCGUCAAAGCCCAUUGGCUCCUUCCUCUCAUUCAUGGUCACGUCGAUCAAGCUAAGCUGACUGUCUUAGGUCGUGUUAUAUUCAUAACUCUUAUCGCCCGCCGUUCGCGACACCACGCCGGAGCGCGUUAUUUAAAGCGCGGCGUCAACGACGAGGGAAAUGUCGCGAACGAAGUUGAGACGGAACAGAUUGUUUCUGAGACGCUCACAACCCCAUUCUACUACCCUGGUCCAAGAUCAUUAGAACAUGUGCCGCAAGGUCGCCGCCCAAGUCCAAACUUUACGAGUUAUGUUCAGGCGAUACCGUGGAAGUAUCCCUAUCUAUUGGGCUCAGGAACCCAACAGCAUGAGCCCGAGACCUCCCAUCGAGAUGUCAUGGACCCCUUCUAUACCGCGGCGGCCCGCCAUUUUGCGGAUCUCCUCGCACGAUAUGGUGCGCCACUCAUGAUCCUGAACUUGAUUAAGAAGCGCGAACCAGUGGCGCGUGAAUCGAAGCUUGGUGUAGAAUACACACAGUGUGUAGAAUAUCUGAACCAGUUUCUUCCUCCUGGUAAACGGAUGAUCUACCGUGCAUGGGAUAUGUCGCGUGCAUAUAAGGAGAAGACGCAGGACGUCAUUGGCUACCUGGAGGAUAUCGCAGAAGAGUCUAUACAGAUGACUGGGUUCUUCCACUCUGGACCGGAGCCAUACUCCCAUGCUCUACAAAUCGCGGAAGAAAAUAACACCAAUAUGUCUUGGCGGAGGACCAUGUCAUUACAAAACGGGAUAUGUCGUACAAACUGCGUUGAUUGCCUUGACCGUACAAAUGCCGCGCAAUUCGUGUUUGGAAAGCGCGCUCUAGGACAUCAACUCUAUGCGCUUGGGGUAGUGGACUCACCCAACUUGGCAUUUGACUCUGACGCCGUCAACAUGCUCACAGAGAUGUACCAUGACCAUGGAGACAGUCUGGCUUUGCAAUAUACGGGAAGCGCUUUGGUAAAUCGCGUUGAAACCUAUCGACGGAUGCCACAUUGGAAUAGCCACUCUCGGGACAUCAUCGAGAACUUGCGUCGCUUUUAUGCCAAUUCACUUUUGGAUGCGGAUAAGCAAACUGCGAUAAAUUUAUUCCUAGGUAUAAACCCUGAUCGGCCUUCACGCCCACCUCAGCGAAGUAAUUAUCGAUCUUGGGUCAGUCCGGAGCAUUUGGAGCCGGCAUAUAUUCUUGAGGAUUGUCAACGCAGCAUCAACCAAUUUGUUAAUUCAAGAGGGGACUUCUGGAUCGAGUACUAUCGGCCGCUGCUGUUCACUUCGCUUGGAAAACACUUCGCAUUCUCGAUGAAUAGCACUCUCAAGUUACCGGGAAAAACUGCGCGCGAUAUCAAUCACAGUCCAUUCCUACCCCACAACAAUUCGCCCAGUCGUCACCAUCCAAGGAAACAAUUCCACAGGCUGAUGGAUGGAGUUCGGCGGUGGAUAAGCUCAAGUCCAGUCCGUGGAUCUCGUAUAUCCCACGCAGACCGUACGGCAAGACCGCGGUCUAGACACAUGGGCAACGUUGUAGAGCAGGAUUCAAACUUAACCGAAGUCAUUGCAACCCAACUCAUGGAUCCUAUUGUGUCCCCGAAGGAGGAGGCAGAAUAUCAGGAGUAUGUCGACCAGUAUGAGGAGUUGCUCGUCAUGUCGGAUGACGGCGUUGCAAGAGAUGACCUCGAACGAUACCAACACGGCGUAUGGAUCGUACAGGGUAAUCUCUCAUGUUUGCAUGAUACAAAAGACGACAUGGUCAAAUUCGCAACGUACAUCGAGAGCACAACUCCUCAGCGAAUAGGCGGUCGGGAUGCUCUGCCAAUCAAGUUUGAUUACGAGAAGUGGAUCGGAGGAGUUGUAACACAUUGA